AUGAACAACUCAUCAGGAUUUAAUGGUAAGUAAAAUCAGCUAAAGGAAGAGGAAAGUUUUUUACCCCAACGUGGCUAUGUCAUGCUAUUUUCUAUCGUCUUUUAUCGUCUUUUUUAUCAUCUUUUAUCGUCAUUUUAAAAAAAGAUAAAACGUGUAUUCGCAUCAACUGAAUUUUAAAAAUAAUGGGCCAGUUUUAUUAUUUAACCUAUCCGAUAUUGGUAUGGUCUUGCGAGAAGUCUCUUAUUUUUCUUUGAAUCACAGUACUGAUCAGGGGCACCCAACGACCGUUUUCGGGGAAAUAUCUGUUCGGAGCCCUCUAGAAUGGCUAGAAUUUUCGGGAGCCCAAGAACAGCUAAAAAUUUCGAAAAUGUUUCGUGGUGACUGUUCGUUUGGCUCAGAGUUUCGGGAUUUGUGUGGUUUGUUCACCUAAGAAUUUCGGAUUUUGUAGUAAUCUCUAGAUCACCUAGAAAUUUCGUAGCUUUCGUAGAAAAUUCGGAGACAUUCUCACACUAGAUAAAGUUUUCGGAGAAAAGUUGAAAGGACCCCUAAAAAUUUCGGUCAAGGGAAAAGCUCGUCAGGUCAUCUUACGUUUUCGGAAAGCUUUCACUGUAGGCUGUUAUUUUCGGGAAAGGCGAAAAACAGCCCUAGAAAAUUCGAGAGGUUCAAACCACUCCUAGGACGACCGAACAGAUCAAAUUUUUUUAGCGAUGCGAAUUAUUCAUUUAUAUUGCUUUUAAAGCACUCCAGGAUGCAUAAGGAGCCAUUUCAGAUCAUUUCCCAGAAAGCGGUCGUUGGGUGCCCCUGACUGAUCGUAAGCACGCGUAAGGAGCGGGCGGCGAAGCGGCGAGGAACGAGGGCGGAAGUCCGAGCAAAGAAAAAGUAUUGUCCUGCCCGUGCAAAAAUUUAACCGAGAUCUCGCCGAGAUUAGCGAGAUCUCGCCGAGAUCUCGGCGAGAUUUGUAUUGUCGCGUAGGUGCUUUUUCCUGUAAACAAACAGCUUGUCUUCGAUUGUUUAAUUUGUUCACUGCUGUUUGGUUCACCCUCUAGUUCUCCAGUCCUUUUUUCUUUUUCCGCCCCAAUCUCUCCUCCUCUUUUUCCAUUAAUUUGCAUAAUUUUACUUUUUCACUCGCGCGCGUGGUUCUGAGCAAAGAAGGACGACCGCUCGCGGUCUAGUAUUGUCCUGCCCGUGCAAAAAUUUAACCGAGAUCUCGCCGAGAUUAGCGAGAUCUCGCCGAGAUCUCGGCGAGAUUUGUAUUGUCGCGUAGACCUCGACGAGAUCUCGCCGAGAUCCAAAAAUCUCGGCGGCCAAAAUCCUGCCGAGAAUCUCGCCGAGAUCUCGCCGAGAUCUCGGUGAAAAUUUUGUACGGGUGAUAUGGAAACUGUUUCUUUGCUACGAAUGUUAAGGAUAGACAUGGGGUUUGAAACUUGAAAAUUCAGGGCCAACUUGUUCAAUGCUAUACACUGCGAAAAUCCCCUCCCAACAUUAAAUAUACCUUUACAGUUUUGCAGCGGUACCAAAAAUCGAAGAAAGGUUUCUUUAAGGGCGACCAGGACUUAAGCUUUCUCCGAAUUUUAUUUCCAUCUUCGCCGAAAUCAUCGAUAAUGAUCCUUUCUUUCUCAAGUAAUAAAAAUCCGAUUUUUUUUACUAAAAAUUAUACUUUGAUAAAUUAAAGCUUGGGGUGUCUAGUAAACAGGACAAUGAAAGAGGUGUAAACGUCCGAAACAAUUUAUCUUAGUCUUAAUAUCAGUACAAAUCUUACAGACUUCUAGUCGACUAACAUUUUCGAGAGCGAUUAUGACAUCCCAUAAUACUAACCCAACGUCCUGGUUAGGGUCUCUACAUUACACUGAUUUAGCCUCAUGGGGCCUGGAGGGGGGAGGACGUGACGAUCUAAAGGCAAGACAUCCUCAGUUAUAUUCUGAGGGAUGUUCAGCCUGAACUGGGCUCUUUUGAAAGGCCAAAAACUAAUUUUUUGUCAUGGUACUGUUACAUGACUAUCAGUGAGCCGGAAUGCAAAGAGUGAACGUGACUCAGUUGUUAGAGUACCCGACUUUAACGUGAAGUCAGUCCUCCGUCUCACACUCUCAUUUCUUAUUUUUUACUGUUAUAUAACGUGAUGUACCAGCAAGCUAAAGUUUAGUAGAUCUAUAUUGUUUGUUUUCAAUGUUUAAACUGAAGCUCCAAAAUUUGAUUUGAUUUAUAUUCAUUGUUUGCUUUGAAGUUAACAGCCGUUUGGCUCUUCUUUAGAAACAAACAUCACUCACGCCUCGAACGUAACCCCACUCCCACCUCAACAGGAUACCGUCGGUUUUCCACUAGACCUCAAGAUUGGCCUGACGUCAGCAUAUGUGGUAAUUUUCCUCGUAGCUCUAUUUGGUAACUCGCUCGGUUUCUACGUGACGUUAAUUAAAAAGGAAUCUUCAUCCAUCAGCGUGAUAAACCUGUUCAUUGGCAACAUGGCCGUUGCAGAUCUGCUGCUAACUAUCACGAUUAUGCCGUUUUCGGUCGCCUAUUUGUACCGUGACCCUGCUCUUUGGAUCGGAGGAACGUUGGGUAGCAUUACUUGCAAAGCGCUUUUAUAUGUCAUUCCAGUGUUUAUUUCCGCUUCUGUUUUUACAAUGAUGCUGAUUUCGUUUGACAGAUUCUACGCCAUAUUUUACCCUUUGAAAGGGAAAUUUUUCCGAAAGCCAAAAGUCUUGUCAUCAACUAUAUGGGUUUUAUCUUUUGGGUUAAUGAGUCCAUAUGUUUUAUUGUAUCAAACAAUAGAGUCGACGCAACCAGGCGUUUACCAUUACUCACAGGCGUGGCCAUGGGCACCACCAAACGACACAGACUUGAGCGAAACAUAUAAAGUGCUUAAGAGCUUCCACAUCUGCGUUUUUGUCAUAGUAUACGCAUUACCUCUCUCCAUAACAAUAAUCAUUUACUCCUUAAUUUGCCGAAAAUUAUGGCUGCGUAAGAUUCCAGGAAAUGUGACAAAUACCAACCUCGCCGCUGAAAAAAGGUUAAAACGCAAAGUUACACGUCUGCUUGUCAUCACAUGCGUGGUAUUUGCAGUCUGCUGGUUUCCAGUCUAUGUCAAUCAUUACUUCUGGUUUGUACGACCUGAUCAAAAACACAAGUGGCCAAUGAGAGUUCAGCUGCUAUUCAACUGGAUAGCACAUGCCAACAGCGCUUUAAAUCCAUGCCUUUACAUUCUACUGAAUGAAAAAUUUCGCCAAAAGUUUCAAGCAACCCUGCACAAUUUACUGCAUUUCGGUUCCUCAAAAAACAAUUGCAGUGACACUAAGUCAAAUAAUAAGAGGUUUUUAACAGUUGCGGCUCCCCGUAAAACCGAUGCUUAUACGUUACCACGAAGCGCAACGAAGGCCAAAUUUGAACAAAACUUAUCGCUUUCUUUGAUGAGUGUCAGAGAUAACCGUUCGCCACCAAAUGGCCGGACUAAGACUUCCCUGAAUAAUAACACAAAAGAAACCAAGGAUGACGUCGUUACCGAGGCAAUUUAA